UGGAUUAGUGACUUUUGUGUGCGUAAAAUGUGUAACUUAUUGAGUUUGUUGUGUUUUGUGUGUACAUGUGUGAUUUCAAGUAGUCGGACUAUACAGGAUAGAAAAAGUCAUUAUCAUGCGAAGUCUUCGUUUGACGAGAAGAAUAAAGAUCACUGGCGGAUACAAGCACAGAUGACCCUACUGGCAAAGCUCGACCAGUCCUUCAACAUCAAUGUCGCCAAGAACGUGAUUCUCUUCGUUGGUGAUGGCAUGAGCAUCACCACAGUCGCCGCAGCAAGAGCCUACCUCGGCCAGCAGAAGGGCUACCUUGGAGAAGAACUGAAGCUGAGCUUCGAGUCCUUCCCUUUUACAGGAUUAGCUAAGACGUACUGCGUAGACUCUAACGUCGCGGACUCUGCGUGUAGCGGCACGGCCUACCUGUCGGGGGUGAAGGCCAACAGUGGGACCGUGGGCCUCAGCGCCGCCGUCAAGCGCGGGGACUGCCGAGGCCAGAGGGACGCGUCGCAUUCUGUGACAGGACUCAUGGACUGGGCGCAGAAGUCUGGCAAGACUACAGGUCUGGUGACAACAACGCGCGUGACGCACGCGACCCCGGCGGCGGCGUACGCGCACUCCGCCGACCGCAAGUGGGAGGCCGACACACACAUGCCGAAGCACGGCCUGCGCUGCGAGGACAUCGCCAGCCAGCUCGUCAAUGGACACGUGGGCAGUAGGAUCGAUGUUGUUCUUGGAGGUGGCAGACAGAAUUUCCUCCCAAACAAAGUAGCCAACGGCAGCGAAGCUGGCCACAGAGGUGACGGCAGAAACCUCAUCCAAGAAUGGCUACAGAAGAGAGAACGACUAGGUGCAGUGCCAAAAUACAUCAGCACGAAAGAAGAACUUCUGAAUAUAGAAGAUAACUACGAUAGCCUUCUUGGUCUCUUCUCUUCUGACCAUAUGCCUUAUAAUCUGGAGUCUAAUGGUGAACCCAGCCUGGCUGAUAUGACGGAAGCGGCUAUCAGAAUUUUGUCCAAAAACAAGAACGGGUACUUUUUGUUUGUUGAAGGAGGUAGAAUAGACACGGCGCACCACGAGACCAAAGCCCGGAAGGCUCUGGACGAGACGGUGGAGUUCGCCAAGGCCGUGGAGGCGGCGACGAGGCUGGUGGAUGACCAGACGCUGGUAGUGGUGACGGCAGACCAUAGCCACACCAUGACGUACAGCGGGUACAGCAAGCGGGGAUCAGAUAUACUCGGCCUCGCCAAGUCUAAGUUCAAUACGUCCGACUACCUGCCCUACACGACGCUGAGCUACGCGAACGGCCCCGGCUACAAGCCGCACCAGGACUUCCACAGGCACAACCUCAUGCUGGAUGACAUAAGUAACCUCAACUACACCUACCCGUCUCUAGUGCCGACUGCCAGGGAGACGCACGGCGGGGAGGACGUGGCGGUGUUCGCCCAGGGACCCUGGGCCCACCUGUUCACGGGGAGCUAUGAGCAGAACUAUCUCCCGCACGCCAUCGCCUACGCCGCCUGUAUCGGCGACGGGAGACUCAGCUGUGACAAUUGAAGAAGUGGAUGAAUCGCCCACUUGCUAGCUUAUUUUUGCAUAAAUAGAGGCUUUAGGACUGGGUGAAAAUGUGGGUUAUAUGUAUAGCUAGAUAGAUAUAUUUAGCUAGGUAAUACGCUAGAUAAUGAAGUAGGUAUAGAUCUACCAGAAUCUGAUGGCUGAUGGUCUGUUUCA